AUGUCUCUACCCAAAAUCCAAAUAGAAGAGGCACUGGACAGCACAGAAGCUGGCUCUGGAGGUGCUGCUCCUCCUGAUGACCACCUGAGGAGCCUCAAGGCACUGACAGAGAAGCUGAGACUGGAGACCAGGCGCCCGUCCUACCUGGAGUGGAAGGCGAAGCUGGAGGAGCAGGCAUGGAAGAGCCCCCAGCCAGCGGGAGAGGAGGAGGCAGUUGAGGACAAAAAAGCCACAGGGGAGACUGUCCCCUUGAGGAAAGUGCAGCUGCAUCUCAAUGGGAACCCUGCCCAGGACAAGGUGACUCUUACCUCAGGGAGAAUAGGUGGCUUUGAGAGCAUCGAUGAAGCUUUGACGUGGCUCAGGAAGGAACUGGCAGAAAUGCGCCUGCAGGACCAGCAACUGGCGAGGCAGCUCAUGCGCCUUCGCAGCGACAUCAACAAGCUGAAGAUCGAGCAGACCUGCCACCUGCACCAGCGCAUGCUCAACGACGCCACGUACGAGCUGGAGGAGAGGGACGAGCUCUCCGACCUCUUCUGCGACUUCCCCCUCAUGAGCUCCUUCAGCCUCUCCACGCCACUCAAGCUCAUCGGGGUCACGAAGAUGAAUAUCAACUCCCGCCGGUUCUCGCUGUGCUGA